AUGGCAGAGGCUGCCGGUGGCAGAGAGCUACAGGCGGCGGGCCGUGUCCCUCUGGACGCCGCUCACCGUGCUGAGGAGGAGAUCGACCCGGCUUUGCUAGACGCCCCGGCGGCGGCCGCGGGCAGGAGGCGGGAGCGGCGCAGCGGCGUCUCGGCCGUGGGUACCGCUGAGCGCUUCCCCAGUAGUAGCCUUGGGCCAGCGGCAGCCCCGGACUCCGACGCCUGCCUGCUGGAGGCGGCCAAGGCCACCCCGCGAAGGAGCAGCAUCAUCAAGGAUCCUUCAAACCAAAAAUGUGGACGAAAGAAAACAGUGUCCUUCAGCAGCAUGCCAUCAGAGAAGAAGAUAAGCAGCGCCAGCGACUGUAUCAGCUUUAUGCAGGCUGGGUGUGAAUUAAAGAAAGUUCGUCCAAAUUCCCGUAUUUAUAACCGUUUUUUCACUCUGGAUCCUGACCUGCAGGCUCUGCGUUGGGAGCCUUCCAAAAAGGACCUUGAGAAAGCAAAGCUUGAUAUCUCUGCCAUAAAAGAAAUCAGACUAGGGAAGAACACAGAAACUUUCAGGAAUAACGGACUGGCAGACCAGAUUUCUGAGGACUGUGCGCUGUCGGUAAUUCAUGGUGAGAACUACGAGUCCCUUGACCUGGUUGCCAACUCUGCUGACGUGGCCAACAUUUGGGUGUCGGGAUUAAGGUACUUGGUUUCUCGUAGCAAACAGCCCCUGGAUCUGAUGGAAAGCAGCCAUAAUACCCCACGGUUUGCCUGGCUAAAAACUGUGUUUGAAGCAGCAGACGUUGAUGGUAAUGGCAUAAUGUUAGAAGAUACGUCUGUGGAGCUCAUAAAGAAGCUCAACCCCACCUUAAAGGAAUCAAAGAUUAGGUUAAAAUUCAAGGAAAUCCAGAAGAGCAAAGAGAAACUGACAACACGAGUAACGAAAGAGGAGUUCUGUGAGGUGUUCAGUGAACUUUGCACAAGACCUGAAGUUUAUUUCUUACUGGUGCAGAUAUCUAAAAACAAAGAGUAUCUAGAUGCCAAUGACCUCAUGCUGUUUUUGGAGGCUGAGCAAGGAGUGAGCCACAUAACAGAAGAGAUGUGCCUGGACAUCAUACGCAGGUAUGAGCUUUCUCAAGAGGGGCGCUUGAAAGGCUUUCUUGCAAUCGAUGGAUUUACCCAGUAUUUGCUGUCCCCAGAAUGUGACAUUUUUGACCCAGAGCACAAAAAAAUUGUCCAAGACAUGACACAGCCUUUGUCACACUACUACAUCAACGCAUCCCACAAUACAUAUCUGAUAGAGGACCAGCUCAGAGGGCCAGCUGAUAUCAAUGGCUAUGUCAGAGCUUUGAAGAUGAGCUGUCGGAGCAUUGAACUAGAUGUCUGUGAUGGCCCAGAUAAUGAACCCAUUAUUUGCAACCGCAACAACAUGACAUCGCCGCUCGCCUUCCGAAAUGUUAUUGAGGUGAUAAACAAAUUGGCCUUUUUUGCCUCAGAAUACCCCCUUAUUCUCUGCUUGGGCAACCACUGCUCGCUACAACAGCAGAAGGUGGUGGUACAACACAUGAAAAACAUCUUUGGAAACAAACUGUACACGGAGACGCCUUUAUCCUCCGAAGUCUACCUCCCGUCACCUGAGAAACUGAAAAUGAAGAUCAUCGUGAAGGGGAAGAAGCUGCCCAGCGACCAGGAUAUAUUGGAAGGAGAAGUCACGGAUGAAGAUGAAGAGGCUGAGAUAUCCCGCAGACUGUCGGAGGACUUCUCAAGGGAACCCAAACUGAUCUGGCUCUGCAGGGAACUGUCUGACUUGGUGUCCCUAUGCAAAUCUGUCCAGUACAAAGACUUUGAGACAUCCAUGAAAGCUCAGAACUAUUGGGAAAUGUGCUCCUUCAGCGAGGCGGAAGCCAGUCGGAUUGCAAACGAGUCCCCUGAAGAUUUUGUCAACUACAACAAAAGGUUUCUGUCCAGGGUGUACCCCAGUGCUAUGAGGAUAGACUCCAGUAACUUAAAUCCUCAGGAUUUUUGGAAUUGUGGUUGCCAGAUAGUGGCAAUGAACUAUCAGACCCCUGGGCCUAUGAUGGACCUGCACACUGGCUGGUUUCUGCAGAAUGGGGGCUGCGGGUAUGUCCUCAGACCUUCGGUGAUGCGUGAGGAGGUGUCUUACUUCAGUGCAAACACCAAGGGCAUUGUUCCGGGGGUAUCUCCCCAGGUCCUACACGUCAAAAUAAUCAGUGGUCAGAACUUUCCGAAGCCCAAGGGUGCCUGUGCAAAAGGGGACGUCAUAGACCCCUACGUCUGCAUAGAAAUACAUGGGAUUCCUGCAGACUGCACUGAACAAAGAACUAAAACUGUUCAGCAAAACAGCGACAACCCCAUUUUUGAUGAAACCUUCGAGUUCCAGAUCAACCUUCCAGAGCUGGCCAUGAUCCGUUUUGUCGUUUUGGAUGAUGACUACAUUGGGGACGAGUUCAUAGGGCAGUACACCAUCCCUCUGGAGUGCCUGCAGCCCGGCUACAGGCACAUACCGCUGCGCUCUUUUGUCGGCGACAUCAUGGAGCACGUCACCCUCUUUGUCCACAUUGCCAUAACCAACCGCAGCGGAGGUGGCAAGGCCCAAAAGCGUAGCCUCUCGGUGAGGAUAGGCAAGAAAGCAAGGGAGUACACCAUGCUGAGGAACACUGGUCUCAAGACCAUUGAUGACAUCUUUAAGCUGGCUGUGCAUCCUCUACGAGAGGCUACUGACAUGAGAGAAAACAUGCAGAACGCCAUGGUGUCUGUGAAGGAACUGUGCGGGCUGCCACCCAUUGCCAGCCUCAAGCAGUGCAUCCUGACCCUCUCCUCGCGCCUCCUCAGCAGUGACAACACUCCCUCUGUCACCCUCUGCAUGAAGGACGCCUUCCCUUACCUAGAGCCUCUGGGGACCAUGCCCGACGUGCAGAAAAAGGUCCUGGCGGCCUAUGACCUGAUGAUCCAGGAGAGCAGGGUUCUCAUUGAGACAGCAGACGCCACUCACGACAAGAUUGUUCAGUGCCAGAAAGCAGGAAUGGAAUUCCACGAGGAGCUUCAUAACCUCGGCACAAAGGAAGGUUUGAAAGGAAGAAAAUUAAGCAAAGCCAUUGAGAGUUUUGCAUGGAAUAUCACAGUGCUGAAGGGCCAAGGAGACCUCCUGAAGAAUGCCAAGAACGAAGCUCUGGAGAACAUGAAGCAGAUCCAGCUGGCGUGCCUGUCGUGCGGACUGAGCAAGGCUGGAAGCGGGCAGGGGGAUGCCAAGUCCAAAAGGGGCCUGGAGGCAAUACAGGAGAAGGACACCGGCGAUGAGAGCGGACGGCUGUGA